AUGGCAUAUAAUUUUUCCACCCUAAGCGAAGCUCAAUUUUCUAAUUCUGAAGAAGCUAUGAGGUUCAGUCAGCUAGUAAUGGAUGAAAAUUGGCCAGAUGUAAUUGAAAAAUUCGAAGAAGAUAGUUAUUUUCACAAGAUAGAAAUCAAGGGAAGAGGAACAGCGUUACACGUGGCAGUAAGCAGUGGACUCAAAGAAGUAGUGAAAUGUCUUGUAAAAGAAAUAAUAAAACAUCUUGAUGAAACUAGUUUGAGAAUGAUAAAUGAAAGAGGUGCUACUCCUCUUCACCUUGCAGCAAAUGCAGGAUACAAAGAUAUGUGUGAAUUGAUAAUCGGAAGAGAUGGUGAAAGGAAAUAUUUGAUUCAAGUGGAAAAUGAGAAUGGAGAAACACCGCUUUUUUGGGCUGUGCAAGAACGUCAAACAAUAGUGUUUCUUUACCUACGACAAUUUUAUCCUACCGAUUUCAGUAUUGCAAUCAAUAGGAAUAAUACUAGCAUCCUUCAUGUUGCCAUUCAGAGAGAAAUGUUUGAUUUGGCAAUUAUAAUAAUUUAUAGCUACGAAAGUCUUAGCUCUCUAAAGGACAAAGAUGGUGCAACUCCUCUCAAAACUCUUGCUACUAAGACAUCAGCCUUCAAGAGUGGUAGUAGGUUAUCAUGGUGGAAGCUAAUUUUGUACUACUGUUAUCCUAUUCGUAAACUUGACGCAGAAACUACAAUGAAGGAGUUAUCUAAAGAAUAUGCAAAUAAUGAGAAGGAAGAUUAUUGUGAAGUAACUUUAUACAUUGGUGACGAAUUAGAAAAGACAUACACAAAACGACGUUCUCUUGCUCAAUCUUGUCACCACAUUCUAAAGUCUCUUGCUCAAUCUUGUCACCACAUUCUAAAGUUAGUAUUGAGAUGGCCAAUCAUGUCACUAUUGGGCUUAGAGGAAAUAAAGGCUAUUAAGGAGAAGCACAUAUAUGGUGGUCAGCUCCUUAAAGAAUUUAUGAAGGAGCCUUAUGGGUCAUACAUGGGUGGUGGAGAGACUCCAUAUGCUGACAAAAACUAUGAUUGCGAAAUCAAUGAUGAUUCAAAACAUUUUCAAGAGUUCAUCAAGGUCGCACGGGGAGUAGGUGAUGCCUCAAUGGAUAAUACAAAAGAAGAUUCACCAAAUAUGGAUGUAAAAGAUACAACAUUUUUGGCAGCGGCGAAAAGUGGCAUAAAAGAAAUUAUGGAAGAGCUUAAUGCUAAAGUAUCGAUUACAUCCGAUCAAAAGGGUUUGUUACUUAUAGCAAUGAAGAAUAUUAAAACAGAAUUAUCAGAAGAGGAAAAUGUUUUAAAGGACACAGCAUAUUUGAUUGCAGCAAGUUUUGGAAUAAUUGAGAUGAUGAGAGCACUUAAAUCAAAUAUAAGAAGCGUGAUCCUUGAGACUAACAGUAACAAUGAAAAUGCAUUGCUUUUGGGAGUAAAGAAUAGGCAACCACUUGUUAUUCAAUUCUUGCUUAAUAGUUUAUCUAAAGGAGACUUUGGUAUCCUAAAUUUACAAAUUGAUAAAAAUGAGAAUACCAUGUUACACUUGGCAGCAUACACCUCAUUCCAGAGCAAAAAUACUUGGAGGUUAUCUGGUGCUGCCAUGCAAUUGACUUGGGACAUCAAGUGGUACCAGUACAUAAAAGAACUAGUACCAGAGCAUUUCAGUAAUAAAGACAACAAAGAAAGAAAAACCCCAAGUGAAAUAUUUAAGGAGGAACACAAAGAACUUCUACAAAAAAGUGUUGAUUGGUUGAAAGACACAACACAGUCAUACUCAGUAGUAGCAGCUCUUAUUGCGGGUGUUGCCUUUGCGACAUCAAGCAAUAUACCUGGUGGCAAUAAGCCAACAGGAGAACCAACAUUAAAAGGACAACCUGCAUUUGAAGGAUUUGCUAUAUCCUCAUUAAUUGGACUUUACUUCUCUGUCACUGCACUCAUAAUUUUCCUUUCUAUACUCACUUCUCCAAAAGAACUCGAAGAGUUUCGUCUAAACUUGCCAAUGAAGCUUCUUUUUGGCUUGAUUUCUCUCUUCGUAUCCGUUGUUGCUAUGCUUGUUUCUUUCUGUGCUGGACAUUUCUUUGUGCUCACAGAUGAAUAUACAAAGGGAAGUAUCUUGUUCUAUUUAUAUAUUUCCAUUUUCUUGCCCGUCACAUACUAUGCAGCUAUUCAGUUUCAGUUAUUCGUUGAUCUUGUUAAUGUUAUUUGGAAGAAGGUCCCACCACCAAGUGUUAAGGGUGUUCUUCUCUAG